AUGGAUGGUGUAGGGGGUGUUGGCAUACUCCUUGUGAAGAAAUGGGUGCAUAAAGUCAUAGAGGUUGUCAGGUCUAACUUAACUACUCAUAAACGCAUUCAUAGUGGAGAGAAACCUUAUGUUUGUGAUGUCUGUGGAGAGAAACCAUACGAGUGCGAUGUGUGUGCUAAAUCGUUUUCUGUGAAGCAUCACUUAACUACACAUACACGUAUUCAUACUGGAGAUAAACCACAUCGCUGUGAUGUCUGUGGAAAAUUCUUUGCUCAAAAUAGUCACUUAACUGCUCACAAACGUACUCAUACAGGAGAGAAACCAUUUCAGUGUGACAUCUGCAGUAAAUCGUUCCUUGCAAGUAGUGAAUUAACUUGUCAUAUACGGACUCAUACAGGGGAGAAGCCGUAUCAAUGUGAUGUCUGUCAUAAAUCAUUUUUUCAAAAAGGCCACUUGACUAAACACAUACGAGUUCACACUCAGCAGUAA